CCUUGAGAGAGAGCCCACCAUACCUUGCACGAGAGAGAGAAAAAGAGCCAAGGAACAAAAAAAAACAAAGCAUUGAUUUUGUAUAAAAUACCACCACUUGUCUUACCAUACCUUCAUUGUAUCUCUCGGUCUGAGUUUUUUUGGAGAUUGUUUCUUUCUUAGAGGGUUCUCAGGUUUCUUUUCCUUAAUAGGUUUAUCAGGGUUUUGUGAAUCUCUGUCACACACCUCUCCUCUUGUUAGGAAGUUACAGUAAAUUUUGAUCUAUUUCAAGCAAAUUAUCAGUUUUUUAAGUUUGGACUCUUCUUGCGUUGUAACCAAGAAAAUCAAUGGAGAGUUGUCCAAGAAACAGAGAAACAUGUCCUAAGCUCCUUGAUUUGAUUCCUCGAGGAAGAAAAUGGCACCAAGAAGAGAAGAACAACACAGAUCACGAACACAAACUUGAGCUAAGGCUUGCGCCACCCGGUGGUGAUGAAGAAGAUCAUUAUGCCGUUAACAAGAAAAAUAUAGAGACAAGAAACAACAACAUCGUGAAGGAAGCUGAAGACAAACCCAUCUUCAAUGGCGGAAACCAUUCCUCUGCUUCCAACAAAACAAUUUAUACUCCUCACAUCUCUCACAAAAGAACUGCGCCUGGUCCAGUGGUGGGUUGGCCUCCGGUUCGUUCGUUCAGAAAAAAUCUAGCGAGCACAAGCUCUUCAAAGCUCGGAAACGAAUCCUCCCUUGGAGGUCAAGUCAACAAGAAUAGUGAUGGUGAAAAGCAAGUCCAACCUAAAAGGGAAGGAAUGUUUGUAAAGAUCAACAUGGAUAGUGUUCUUAUUGGUAGAAAAAUUGAUCUCAAUGCUUACAAUAGCUACAAACAGCUCUCUUUUGCCGUGGACAAACUCUUCAGAGGUCUACUAGCAGCUCAAAGAGAGAACUCUGGUGGUGAAGGAGAAGAGAAACCGAUCAUUAAUUCACUGGAUGGUAAAGGAGAAUUUACUUUAACUUAUGAAGACAAUGAAGGGGACAAGAUGCUUGUUGGGGAUGUUCCUUGGCACAUGUUCAUUUCAUCCGUGAAGAGACUGCGUGUGAUUAAAAGCUCUGAGAUUUCAUCUGCCUUGAGAUUUGGAUGCAGUAAGCAGCAGAAGUUGAGGACUUGAAAGUCUUGUACAAACUUCUGUUUUGAGCCAGAGGGUCGAAGAGUUUUCAAUUUGUACAUAUGGUUUUUGUUAUGUAUAAGAGAUAAUCAUUAGUUUUGUCCAGAUAGGAAUUUGAUCUGAUCUGAUCUGAUAUAUCUUCCCAUGUCUUUAAGUAGCGAUAUCUUUAGGGAAGAUACUUGGAACAUAAUCAUCAUCUCAUGUCUACAAAACUCUCUGAAUAAAUGAAGUUUUUAUUCUCUGUAAAA